AUGGCUCUUACGGCUGAAAGAAGCAAAGAGAGAAUCAGGAAAGAUAAUGCUGCUAGAAAGGAUGCCAAGAAGAGUGGGGCAGCCACCUCUAAUGACAAUAGGAAAAGGGGACAGGAGCAGCCAAGACAAGCUGGAAAUGAUAAACGGCCCAAGCCUAACAAUGAUAACCGUCCUGGUGGAAAUGGUGGUAGAAACGUUCCACCUUGCCCUAAGUGCACAAAACGCCAUUCUAGUGAGUGCAGAGCUGGAGUUUGCUACAAAUGUCGGAAGGAAGGUCACAUGAAGCGCAACUGUCCGACAUGGGAACAAUCAUGCAAUAAGAAAGAAAAGAAGAAGAAUGACAAGUACAUCUUAGCCAGAGUCUUCACCAUCACCCAAGUUGAAGCUGAGGCAAGCCCUUCUGUCAUAACAGGUCAAAUCCCUGUGGCCAAUACCACAUGUAAAGUUUUAUUUGAUUCUGGUGCAGCACACUCUUUUAUUUCUAGUAGAACUUGCAAACGUAAGAAAGUGGUCUUUGCACCGGAAGGCGGAGAACCGUUUGAGUUCGAAGACAUAAGCAAAGCGAUGAAAGCUAGAGAAAUGUUUCAACACGGAUGUUUGGGGUAUCUCGUGAAUAUGGUCAAUGAAACCAAAGAGAAAGAAAUGAGACCUGAAGAGACAAGAGUUGUAGCUGAGUUCCUCGAUGUCUUUCCAAAAGAACUGCCAGGUUUACCUCCACACAGGGAGAUCGAAUUUGUAAUCGAUCUGAUGCCCGACAUAACGCCAGUAUCUCGAGCACCAUAUAGAAUGGCACCAGCAGAAUUGAAAGAGCUCAAAACUCAUUUGGAGGAAUUACUUAAGCUGGGGUUCAUCAGACUGAGCUAUUCUCCUUGGGGCGCACUAGAUCUUUUUGUCAAGAAGAAAGACAGGUCUAUGAGGAUGUUUAUUGAUUAUCAGGAGCUGAAUAAGGUCACAAUAAAGAACAGAUAUCCUUUGUCGAGAAUCGAUGAUCUGUUCGACCAGCUUUAG